AUGGCGGACGCAGCCCAGAAGAAGAGUGGGCUUCGUGCCAUGUUCGGUAUGCGAACAGGAAAAGAGGCAGGGCCCCGAAAAAAGUUGUCAAAGAAGGGCUUUGAUAGCGAUGCACCAGGAGCCAGGAACCUCGAUCCAGAUUUGGUGGCAAAUUCGGGCCGUCAACACUACGGGAGCUUUGCAGGUCACAGUAGUGCCCUUACAAGAGAAGACGCAGGACCUCCAACAUAUGAAGAGGUCACCGGUCUUCCAUCACGUACAUUUCGAGACAAUCCCUAUUCUGGGAUCGACAGCAGCAAUUUUGGUUGCUCGCAACAGAGUUCAACAUUGGCCGAAUAUCGCCGUAAUUCAGAAGGACUGCAACAGCUAGCUGCACCUGUUUACAAUGCAUCGAAUUUACGUUCAGCAUCAGUACCCUUUGGUCAGAGCAAUAGUACGGAAGGCAACAACCAAUAUGCUGUAUCCCAAAAAGCACCACGUUCCAAGUUGAGCAAAACUCAACGUCAAGUGGCACGCGUGGACGAUACUCUUGACAAAGACACUGGCGAGCGAAAGGAUCUGACAGACAUGAUGCACGCUUUCACUUUCAACGAGGAGGUGGAUAGCGCUGAUGAAGAGGAUGAUGAUCAUUCGACUUUGAAUUACGACGUUUCCAAGCCGGACGGCACAGCACUCUUAGGCAGCGCGUCGCCCGAGGUUUGGCUUCAAAUAGCAGAUUUCAUGUCUCCUUUGGACGUAGCCAACCUCUCGUCAACAUGUCGCACAAUGUACGCACGUCUUGGUAGGCAUCCUUAUAAAUUAUUUUUGAACCCUUCCAAUCGUCCGGACCGCAUCGACUACCUACUAGCAAUGGAUCAUAAACUCCCACAACAUUUGUUUUGCUUUCCGUGCGCUACAUGGCAUCUACGGACACAACCAGGACGGGAAACGCUCAAGCCUCAAAAUGUGCUCAAUCCCCUGUUCGAUUGUCCCAAUAUGACAAACCAUCUCCUUCCACCUCCGAGAAUCAGGAUAACAGAAGGGCGCUUGCUGCCCUUUGCCUUUGUGCAGAUGGCGCGUCGAUCCCGUAUGUACGGAGCCGAUUAUGGCAUCUCAUCACAGUCCCUUGGACGCAGAUGGAAAGACCCGUACUCGACUUGGACUCACGAGAGCAUGUACCACGUGACAGAUAAAGGGCAUGUCCUUAUGCGUGUAAAGUCCCAGAUCUAUGUUGAGGGCGGCAUGACAGACGCAGCAAAGCGCAUGCUCAUUUUCAGCAGAGGCGACUAUACGCCCUACUUUAGCGUUUGCUCACAUUGGAAAAACGGUCUACUUACGUCAAUACCAAAAUGUGCCCUCGAUCACAUCCCAAAACUCGAAGUCGAUAUGCUCUCGCGGGCGCGAGACAAAGUCGUUCUCAAAAAAGGUUCCGGUCUCGUCAGCCUCUGUAAUCGAUGCAGACCUAUGCGUCGCUGCCCCGAGUGUCCCACGGAGUACUUGUUCGAGCUCAAAAUGGUGGAAGACAAGUCUGUAAAAGCGAUGGUUCCAGAACGGUUCAGGCAGGCUCUGAUUGCUACCAGAUGGAGUGAUCUUGGCCCGGGUCGGAGUCCGAUAGACAAGGAAUGGGCGGCGAUUGUUGGUGAAAACAAGGAAUACGACGGUCUUGUAGAAACCGGGAGGCGAGCGGUCAGUGGCGUAUUUGAGAGUGCAUUCAGUGACGCUAUUCCUGGACAGAGGAUGCUAUCUAUGAACCCGCACAAGAUCAAGGCGGAUGAGACGGCGGGUGAAUGCUGGUACUGA